CGCGAAUGUUCAAUCGGACCCUUGCGGCGCGAUAUCAAGCAACUAUGGCUGCUGCAAGAUCAGUGGACAUGCUUCCUGUCAGAGAUAAUCCUCAAUCGAUUUCCCCUGCUGCUCGCACCAUCAGUCUUGCUUUUUCUCAAGACCCAUUGAUCGAGUGGCUCCGACCCAAUGCUAUUCCUUGGGGUUCAUUGAGUCGUGAAACAUGCAAAUGGCAAUAUCGUCGUAUCCAGCAAGCUAUCCUUGAUGGAAUUGUUCUCAGUUCUCCCCCUUUGAAACAAAUGGUAGAGGUCUUUCCACCUCGGGCCAAAUCUCUGGUGGCGGCGGUAGAAGAACCAUUGUCUCAAACAGCAAACGAAGAGAGCCUGGAUGCAGGAAUUGCCAUGUUAUUAUUCCCUCCACAAAGUUGUGCUAAAUGGACCAUUAAACGGAUCCUCCUGGCAUGUAAAUUAUGGGCAUUGGAUUUUCUCGAUCCAGCGACGGACAGCGAAACGUGUGAAAGGCGAGUCGAUACUCUUCUUACGUCACAUGACAUAAUGAUGGACGAGAUUCGAGCUCGCUAUGCGGUUGACGAUGUCUGGUAUCUCGAAGUCCUUGCGGUGCACCCUUUGCUCCAGUCUCGGGGAAUGGGUAGUAAAUCGAUGCAAUGGCUGUUGGAAUAUGUUGAUAACAGUCCUAUUUUCCUUGAAUGCACUUCAGAAAGGAAUGUUAAAUUCUAUGAGCGGUGGGGGUUCGAGGUGGUUGAAGAGGUUGAGUUGGGAGAGGAAGAGAGGGUCACGCUUUGGGUCAUGCUUCGACCAACACAGCCUUAGCUUAGAAC